AUGACAUCACCCUACGACCCCCAAGAAGAAGACUGCGACGCUCAAGAAACGCCAGACGACACACCCGAAAUCACAAUCAACGCCGCAACACAGAUCCGGGGCCACGGGAACAUCAUCUCCAUUGCUCAGAUGGAUAGUGUGAGGAUAGCGAAUCUUGUUGCUACUGUACUUAGUGGUGAGGCUAUUGAGACGGGGAAGAUAGGGGAGGAGAGUGAUGCGGCUGGCAGGCCGAUUACACCAGAGAGUCCGACGACGCAGGCGACAGCGACAGCACGGGGGGAGUAUGGCGCAGAGGAAUCAGGCGGCGUUGCUGGCUCAGCAACGGAUGCAGCAACAGCAACAAGCUGCGGCGGCGGUGGGAGGUCAAGCACAGAGGAUGCCGUCGCCACCGUUACAACAAAGAAAUGUCUCGCCGAACGGAAUUCUGUUCCCGAUGAAGCCUGCGACGCCGCCGAUGAGUCGCUGUUCUAG